GUCUGAGUAGGCGGCGUACGUAGGCGCAUUUAAUGUAUUUCUAUUUUUGGAGUUUCAAAAUAUCGGGCUUUCUGUAACGAUUACAGAUCAGAGAAACAUAUAGGUUUUCACCAUUCACCACAGUAAAUUUUUGGCUCAUGUAAUUUUUGCUACGGAAGUGAUUGCUUUAUUACUUCAUUGGCAGUCACCCAACAGUAAGGCGUUAAAUUUUUCAUGAAACCGCUACAACUGUCCAAUGAAAAUUUAUCUGAAUUUGUGCAGUCAAAUACGUUGGAGUCUGAUUCAGGAGAUUGUUUUGGUGUAAAUGUUUACGAGUUUCAAGAAGGAGAAGAUCUUUAUGGUCCCCGUGCACGUGGUUAUCAAAAACCUAAACAUAUGUGGAUGGCCAAAGACCAAGCCCUAACGAAUAAUAAGUCAAACAGUCCAACUCCAGCGACAACUCUAGAUUUUGUAAGUGAUUGUUGCACCACUCAGAAUGGUUGCACUUCUGUUCCUUCUGGUAAUUUGAGAUGUCCAUCACCAAAUAAUAUGACGUACACCAUGGGUUCCCCAUCAACAUCUGGUAGUAUCCAGGGCCUUUCAACAGCUCUAUCGUCUUGUACCAACACAAGCAAUAGUUUAUGUAGUCAUACCUCUCCAGUUAUCGGUUUAAAUAUGGCUGAAGUCACUAGCACAUUUGAGAGCCCUACUUUCAUUGAAGGAAAAAAUGAAAAAAGUGCACUGCUCACUUGCGAACUAAACUCUGUGAUUAAAAAAUCUAAAUCCAGUGUCAAACUAACUACCAAAAAACGAACUACCGGAAAAUAUUCCCUAAAGAAAUUUGAAUCUAGCAGUAAUACUAAUUCAUCUGUACCUGAUACCAGUAAAGUUCAAUCAUCAAAUAAUAAACAGUCUUAUUCUCACAGGCAUCGACAACCUCGUUCUCGCAACAAUCGAAAGUCCAAACGAAAUUCUGUAAGUGAAUCAUCGUUGACUUCGUUUUAUCCAACCCAAACUCCUAAUUUGUCAACAGAUAACCACCUGUCUUUAUCACCCAGUUUGACUAUGACGGAACAGAUAAGCCAAGAAUCUCCUAUACAAGCACCUAUGUAUUCCAAAGGUUUAACUUCAUCGUCUUUCGUUUCUGGCGGACUGAAAAUUCGGCUUCGUCGGGACUCAGCUAUAGAUUUCAAUAUUGGGAAAGGUAAACGAGCUAAAAGUAAAACGGCUCCUGCAACAUUUCGUAUUGUAGAGUCGUGGUGUGAUGCAGAUGCUCCAGGAGGAGACUUUACCAGAAGGGCCAGGGCAGUUACCAGUAAUUCUACUUCCCCUACAUUUAGUCUGGUCUCAGGGGGAUUACGUGUUGGUGAUAUAGUAUGGGCUAAACUUGCUGGCUAUCCGUAUUGGCCAUCCCAGGUUAACGCUAUCUGGGCUCGCACUGCCCAUCAGCUUUCUCAAGCCACUCUACUUCCAACUUCACAGUCAUUGGACGGCAAUGCGUCAUCUUUGGCUGUUCUUGCGACUCCUUCAGAUCCAAGUUUGGCGGCUGGAUAUACUGCUCGCGUUGACUGGCUUGCUUGGGAUCAGUGUUCUUAUUUAAGCUGUGCUAAGUUGUACCCUUUUAAAGAGUCUUUUGACAAACUUUAUAAUCCACGUACCCGGGUAAAAGGAUACGCAGAAGCUGUGCGCCUUGCGAAGCAAAUUGUGAAUGGGACCUAUAUUCCCAAUGAAAAUUUGGAUUCUCAGUUGUCGUGUAUGUCUCCACAAAAUAAAUCUCAUUCAUCAUUGUCUGGUCAGAUUUCGGCGCCACCUAGUACUGAUAGCCAGUGGUCAUCUAUGACAACUCUUUCAUCUUCUCUAGAAAUUCCGACUACAGGUACUAGUAAUCAAACUUCUCGUGAAUUAAUGGACAAACACACCAUACUAUUGCCAUCUGAAUUACCACCAGAUCCCUAUAUAUCAUCACAAUUAAGUCCAUCUCCCCAUUCAGUCACAAACCUCUACUCUGGUGAGGGAUUAGUGAGAACUUCAGACGCAUUUUCAUCUACAUCUAAUAACUCAUGCCUUCUAAUUGGUGAUAAAAGCCUGGAACUGCCUGAAUUGGACAAUAUGGCAUUGUGGGCUCCUCUUCCCCAAUUAGAUGUUUCAGGUCUUGGUGUUUUCCAUGUUCCGACCUUUUCAGAAGAUGAGGAAGAAUUGGAUCAAUCGAUUGUGAACCAGCUGCACUUAGAUUUCGGUUCAUGUCUGCAAUAAUCAUACAAUAGCCAUAAUCGUGAUAUUAACAAGAAGGUAAUGCUUUUUUUUAUCUCCAAUCUUUCAAAACACAAAGUGUAUCAUUUUUUGUUUAUUCUUGUUUUUUCUUCUCAAUAUCUCUCCUUAAUUGUGAUAGAUUUACACUUAAUCUAUGAAAAUGUUCUGGUGCCUAUUUUAUGAUAUUGUCCCACCCUUGGGUUUGUUUUUGCCAUCCUCCAUUACAUUUACUAGACUCCUAUUAACCGAAUAUCACUUUUGAUUUUACAAAUCGUUUACUAGUAGUUCACACCCAGUUUGCAGCAGUCAAAAUUUGGAAUUGUGUAUAUUAAAUAAGAAUCACUGAUGUGUUACAGUUACUGUUGUUAUUGUCACUUUCUAUGAAGUUGCAAGUCAUGUAUCGCACAGAUCAUCUCAAUAAACUCAUGUAUUCAGGUAUUUCUAUAAUGUAGUAAUUGUGUAUUAAGAAAUUCAAUUUUAACUUCUAUCCAAUUUUUUUUUUGUGCAUAUAAAUAUGGUUGCAUGUGUUUCUAUUUUUCAUUGAAUUUUUUGUACACAUGCUCCAGCUUGUUAUUUCUUCAUUUUCUUUUAAAUAUCUGUUGUUCAUUCACACAUAAGAGUAACACAUUUAUGAUCUGAAUUGUCUGUUCAAGAAUGUGUAUUUACUGUUUCUAUACCCAGUCAUCUUUAUAUGGGAUUGAAAAAGUAAUCUCAGCUUCGUCUUCUUCUUCUUUUUUUUAUUAUUAUUAUUAUGGGAUCUUCCUAUUUAGACAUAAUUGUCACCCUUAUCUUUUAAAGAAAACAAACUGUGCUCAUUUCUUGUAUAAAUAUUAUUUUUAAAGUUUAAAAAAAAUUAUCCUUUAUCCUAUAUACAGUUAUCAUUCUAUUCGUAUUACAGUUUGAUUUGAGAUCAUGAAUGAAAUAAUCCGUCUUUGUAGUUUGUUUGUUUUUUCUUUUUCCUUUAAAUGCUCACUUAUUUUCUGGUCUCGAAUUAUAUAUAUAUAUAUAUAUAUAUAUAUAUAUAUAUAUAUAUAUAUAUAUAUAUAUAUACGAUUUCACAAAGUAAAUCAGCUUACUGAAUUUU